AUUACAAUGACCUGAAUGCAUUUCGGGCUCGCGAUCUUCUCGAUUUCCGCGUUUUCGUUUUCGUACAAAGAGCGCAGAUGCAGGCAGGCGCGAACCACCCCUACAUACCACUAGAAUCAAGUCGCGCCCUGAACAGGCAGCGCGAGCGUCAUGGCGGUGAGUUGGAAUAUCGAUCGUGGACCAGUGGGAUGCUGGCCGCCCGACGUUUCGCCGAUCACGCGCUACUAUUCAGUACACUAAGUGUUUUGUUAUUCUGCCUUCUUGGCUUUUUUUAUACCUCUUGUUUGUAAAAUUAUUGCCAAGGUACGUGUACUAAAGGAGAGCCUAUUGCAGAGAGUACUCGCGAGUGUUCUACCUUUGCACGCAUUUGUAAACAGCGCCGAAAAUGCGGACAACGGUGUUCACAGUUUUGCUCAAUAUGUUCGGUAUCGCUUACGGAGGAAACGUUUUCGAAGCGAAUCCUGAUACGAAGAGGCUCUAUGACGAUUUAUUGUCCAAUUAUAACAGAUUGAUACGUCCUGUUGUUAAUAAUACAGAAACAUUAACAGUUUGGUUGGGAUUGAAGCUGUCACAAUUAAUAGAAAUGAAUCUAAAGAACCAAGUGAUGACAACCAACGUCUGGGUAGAGCAGAAAUGGUUUGAUUAUAAAUUACAAUGGGAGCCACAAGAGUAUGGUGGUAUAGAUAUGUUAUAUGUGCCUUCCGAGAACAUAUGGCUUCCGGAUAUCGUUCUAUACAACAACGCAGAUGGAAAUUAUGAAGUAACAUUAAUGACAAAGGCUACUUUGAAAUUCACUGGUGAGGUAUUCUGGAAACCGCCAGCUAUUUAUAAAUCGUCUUGUGAGAUCAAUGUGGAAUACUUUCCGUUUGAUGAGCAAUCAUGCAUUAUGAAAUUUGGCUCAUGGACUUAUAAUGGCGCUCAGGUAGAUUUGAAGCAUCUAAAGCAGGAGUCUGGUAACAAUCUUGUUGCGAUCGGUAUAGAUCUCACUGAUUUUUAUCUAUCAGUAGAAUGGGAUAUCCUAGAAGUUCCAGCAACACGUAACGAAGAAUAUUAUCCAUGCUGUACGGAACCUUAUUCUGAUAUCACAUUCAAUAUUACGAUGAGAAGAAAAACAUUAUUUUAUACUGUCAAUCUUAUUAUCCCCUGUGUCGGUAUCACAUUUUUAACGGUGCUGGUUUUUUAUUUGCCCAGCGAUUCCGGCGAAAAAGUAUCAUUAUGCUCUUCGAUUCUCCUCUCAUUGACGGUGUUCUUCUUGCUCUUAGCAGAGAUUAUUCCGCCAACAUCGUUAGCUAUACCUUUGCUCGGAAAAUACCUAUUGUUCACCAUGAUUUUAGUUACUUUGUCCAUUUGGAUCACUGUCUGCGUCUUAAAUGUACACUUUCGAUCUCCUUCUACGCAUAAUAUGUCACCAUGGGUAAGACAAAUGUUUCUGAAUUGGAUGCCGAGAGUAUUGAUGAUGCGUCGCACACCAUAUUCUACACCAGAAUACGAUGACACUUACAUAGAUAACGCAUACACUAAUGAAAUAGAUUACAGUGUUAGUGACUAUCCUUUGGAACUAAAGGGAAGCCCAGAUGCAUUCGAAAGUGUUACUUCAACAUACAAAAGUAUUAGAGAUGAUGAUGCACGACAUGUACCGCAUGCGUCAGUUACUGACAGCGAAAAUACAAUACCAAAACAUUUAUCUCCAGAUGUCAUAGCAGCUCUCAAAGGUGUGCGUUUUAUUGCUCAACAUAUAAAGGACGCAGAUAAAGAUAACGAGGUCAUAGAAGAUUGGAAAUUCGUAGCUAUGGUUUUGGACAGAUUCUUUCUUUGGAUAUUUACAAUCGCGUGUAUCGGUGGUACAUUAGGUAUAAUAGGUCAAGCACCUAGUUUGUACGAUACGCGCGUACCUGUGGACCAACAACUUUCUAGUAUAUCAUUGCGCAAGCAUAUGUAUCUACCGAACACGACUUUUGAUGAUUAAGUACCAUAGGACGUAUACAGUGAUUUAUGUGUAAAGAGUAAUCACAUGUUAUGUCGUGCGUAUUCCACUAAGACAUGUUCGACACCUUUCUACCCGCAAAAAGUUAUCUACACUUUUCCACAUGAUUCAUUCACGAAAACUAUUUUUCAAUUUCUUUAAAUACUUUAUUUAAGUAAACGUGGUAGUUGUAAUAUACAAUAGUCGUAUGAAUUUUUCUGCGCAUUAUAUGUCAAAGUAGAUUAAUUUUUUCGAAUAUUAAAGGACUCCGUACAAAACUACGGGUUUUGAAAUUGACUUAAACUCAGUAUUAUAAUUUCAAGUUCACUGAUCAAAAGUUUCCUUAGGAAAAUCAUAAAAAAUGGACAGAUUGUGCUGUAGCAGCAUGUAAAAAUUGCUUUUGAUUUUUAAAAAAAUUGGUAGUUUGGUAGUUAUGAUAUUUGGAAGCAGGUAUGCUAAUAUGCGUGCUCUAGAUUCCAACAUAUAUCGUCCUGAUAAGAAUGCGAUUGUGUGCGAACGCAAGAUCCACGCCUGAGGAAUUUGGGCCGAGACAGUGACGAUUGCUUGUCGCUAACGCCUGUGCCUGGGACCAAAUCGUCUCCGUUCAUUUCUUGAGUAUGACCGUUGGUGUUGCUCGAGCCGUUCCAGAGACUGAGAGACGUUGAUAUUAAAUGUCCUUAGUGUUGAUCCGCUGUUGAUCCGGUCGUCUGCGUUGCUCUGCGUUAUUCGUCAGGUUGAAGGUGAUACGAUCCCUUGAUUGAUCGGGUGCCCCGUGGUAUUUGGGGGGGUGGGGGGGGGACUACUAAUCUCCGCUAAUCGAUUCGUGUCGGCACGCCAAAGCAUGUGAUCCAAUCCGCAAACAAAUGUCGAGCCACUGUUUCGGCGUGAUGUCGCAAAUCGGAAUUGCUUCUGACCAUGUUGUAAACCUAUAUAUAUUAUUGUUAGACAGUAUCUUUUUCCUUUUGAGCAAGGAAGAGGUCCCAUAAUGUAUAUAUACUCGAAGCGUCUUAACGGUAACUGGAAGUUUCCUAUUGGUACGGCGUUCUGUCUGGUUUAGCUUUUUGGCAUUGAAUGCAAGUGCCCAUGUCUGGUAGUCCUUUUUUAUCUGCGGCCAGACGUAUCUCUGUGAGAUUAACUUAGCCGUGGCUUUGGCCUCUGGAUGUAACAAUCCGUGUAAGUUUUGGAAUUGUUCCAUUACGUAAGGGUGUGAUAUUGAUAUACUUGUCGCGUGCGCGCACGGUUUUAAGUCAGUGGUAUCUGUACUUUCGUGAGUUUUAUCAACAGUUUCUUGAGUUCUUCGUCUAUAUCCUGGGCUCGUGCCAAUUCUUCGAAACUCAUGGCUGAGUGAACUGCUUCCACUCGUCCACUACUAUGUCUUUCCUUGAGAUGUGCUAUAUUCGUGAUAAACUGGCUAAAGGUACUUAAGUGUCAAAAGUACUCAAGAUGUCGAGCUUGUCUCGGGGAACUCUGUAACGACUGGUUGAGCGCACAUGUCAGCGGUUUGUGAUCGAUAUAGACUGUAAAAUGCCGGCCUUCCAGUAUAUAUAUCGGUAGUAUUUUAUUGCUGUAUAGAUUGCCAUCAUAUGGACUGUAUUUUGUUCGCGCUUGACUGAGUUUUUUGCUCAGGAAGACUAAUGGCUGCCAUCCUUUUUGUUUCAAGACUGAUCCUAAUGUAGUGUCGGAAGCAUCUGUUAUGAGUAUUAGUUCCGCUUCCGGAUCAGAAUGUGCAAGCAGAAUUGCUCUUGAAAGGCUGUUUCUGCAUCUAGAGAAUGCGUUUUCUACUUCCGCCGUCCAUUCAAACGAAAUUUUGUCUUUUAUCUUGGAUUCUCCAAGUAUGUCGUUUAGUAGUCUUGCUUGAUUCUUUGCAGCUCCAUGGAUGAAACGUCUAUAAAAGUUUAUAGUCCCCAAAAAUUGUCUUAGUUGCUUUAUUGUUUUUGGUUUUGGAAAGUUUUUGCCCACUGAGAGCCUCCAUUUUGUCCGGGAGUAGCUGUAUAUCUUCCGCAGGUAUUUGACUUGAUGUACUCCAAAAAUGCAUUUUGCCACAUUUAAUUGGAUGCUGUAAUUUUUUAGUCUCCUGAAUAUUUCUUUAAGGUGUUCCUUGUGUUCCUCUUCUGAGUUUGAGGCGAUUAAUAUAUCGUCGAUAUAUUAAUCGAUAUAUGCAUAGCAAUAGUCGAGACCGUGUAGUACCUCGUUUAUGAAACGCUGAAAUGUCUGUGCGUUUCUUAAUCAGAAGAGCAUGUAUAGAUAUGAAUUCGAAUAGAUCGAAUGGCGUAAUAAUAGCCGUCUUCGCUCUAUCGUCUUCGUGUACUGGAAUCUGAUUGUAUCCUCGGACCAAAUCUAAUAUUGAGAAAAAAAUUUCUUACCGUGUAGAAUAUGGACGGAAUCUUUGAUGUGUGGGAUCGGAAAUAUUAAACCGGAAUGGUUCUUGUGUUUAACUUGCGGUAGUCUCCGCAUGGCCUCCAUGUUCCCCUUUUCUUAGGUGCGAGAUGUAACGGAGAUGACCAUGGGUCUCUUUGAAGGCUAAAUUAUUCCCUCUUGAAGAAGUAAGUUGAAUUCCACCUUUGCUAUUUGCUAUAGUUUGUCUGGUGUUAGCUGUUUAUCUCAACCUUCCAGUUGAUCCUGAGUGAUCUUGAUAUGAUGCACCGUGGAGUAUUUAACUAUUCUCCUUGAUUAUGCGGACAUUAUGAUUGAUGAAAACUUGGCCAAAAUAUCGUGAUAUGACAUUUCUUUAAUAAUGGUCUUCGCCGACUCUACUGAAUUCACGGCAGGUGAGCCUUUUGCAGUGAGUUUCGUUUCUCCAUCAAUCAGCUUGUUCUUUACAUCUGCUAACAGAUGGCACUUCGCUAGGAAGUCUAAACCGAUGAUAGGCUGUCACAUCGGCUAUGACGAACCACCACGAGAAAUCGCGACGUAACCCGAAGAGUCAAAUUGUAGCCAAUGUACCCGUAUGUAGUGAUCACGGAUACGUUUGCUGCGUACAGCUGGUAUGUUGCUGCUUUUUGUUUGCCUUGCAUGUGCGUCCGUGGAUAGAUGCUUAAAUCAGAGCCUAUAUCAAUGAGGUACUUUAUUUUAGACAUACCAUCUAUCAUGAACAAGCGGCUGGUAGUGGGGCUUGAGUCGCUAGCUGCCUUUAAUAAUUACCUUCCUUAUUUUCCUGGAAGUUGCAGGAUUUGAUGCACUUCUUUGCUUCGGCUCCAAAUUGUCGAUGAUAGUAAUAAACAUCCUUCUGGGGAGUGCUUCUGCUGCGGCUUUGGCUUCUAUUCGCUCACAUUUCUUUACUUUCGUAAGCUUUGUGGUUAGUGAGACGACUUGUUUUGUUAACUCUUGGAGUUGCAUCUCCAAGGUUUUUGAAGUCGCUGCUUCCGCUAUGAUUGAUGUGACAGCCACGACUGUCCUGCUUGCGACUUCGUCGAUCCUGUCUGUUUGUUAGCCGGCCUUCGGUCUUGGUUGCUAUGAUGGCUUGCAUUUGUGAUGACAAGCGUUCCAACCACAGGGUGCAGAGUUGUUGAUCAGACAUGGUAGUGCCUGCCAGUGUUUGUAGGUAAUGAAGAAACUGGAAAGAUUUUCUAUCCCCUAGUUCUUUGUACUCUAAUAACUGCCUUAUGCGCUGCUCUUGAGAUGCUAAGAGCCUCUAUAUCAAUGCUUGUUUCAACAUGAGAUAUCUAUCCUUGUCGGGUGUGAAUUGGCUAUCAGGUCCUUUACUUCACGAACGUACAUCUAAUUAUGAGAAUGCGUAGGCGUAUUUAGUGGCGUUUUGCGUUAUUCCACUGAACAUGAAUUUGCUCUUCUAUUUGGGCGAACUGGAAUUCAGGUUUCUCUCUAGCCAAAAAGGCAAAAACUUAAUUGCGACCCGCUGUAUGCUGGGGAGAUUAAUGACUGCUUCCCCGUCUGCUCCGUUUCCAUCUUCCAUCUUCGUAGAUCAUGUCAGGGUUUGGUAGUUAUGAUAUAUGGGAGCAGGUAUGCUAGUAUGUGUGCUCUAGAUUCCAACUUAUAUCAUCUUGACAAGGAGGAUGUGAUUGUGUGUGCGAACAAAAUCCAUGCUUGAGGAAUUUGGGUCGAGCUCUGAGAAGGGCUCAACAGCGACGGUUGCUUGUCGCUAACGCCUGUGCCUGAGACCAGAUCGUUCACUUCUUGAGUAUGACCGGUGUUGCUCGGGCCAUUCCAAAGGCUGAGGGACGUUGACAUUAGAUAUCCUGGUGUGCGCUAUUGAUCUUGUCGUCUGCAUUGCUCUGCGGUGUUCAUCAGGUUGAAGGUGAUGCGGUCCCGUUGGUCGAGUGCCCCAUGAUAUCCGGGGACUGCUAACCUCGCUGGGUCGAACUCUAUCUCGAGGACCGUUGGCGAAUCGGGUGCUUUGAAGAGAUCACUGACUGUUCGUCUUCUUCGUCUCUCGUCCGUUAAGGAUGUUACUAAGUGAUCCUUCUGGUCUCCUGAUGUGCGUCCGAGAGGUGGUUAUGCCGACCUCAGAGAGAAUCGCUUAAGAUGCGAUUCUAGGAUAUGUCGCUUGAGAACUCUUGGAGUUCCAGCGACUGAGUGGAAAACCCAGAACCAGUGCUGCCAGACAUACCCCGCACUCGCACAUGCGCAUUGUUUACAGCUUAGCGUGUAGCUUAGUGUUGUAGCCAUUAAGUUAAAAUAACGAUGUGCCGUGUGGACCGCGAAGUCUGCGCGCCAAACCGGACAAUAGGAGAUCCUAAGGAAUCCUAAGAGGAAAAUAGAAAUAAAGCAAAGUAUUUUAGAUCAGAAAAUGAGUCAGGAAAAAGAUAUGUAUUCGAAAAUUUGUCUCAGAACUUGUCUCUCGUUCGUGGCCCUCUUUAUAUACCCACUCCACGGAAUCUUGAGUACGAGUUCGUCGCUCGAAUUUGUCGCCCUCUGGGGGCUGGCUAGCGCCGGGCGCGUGUCAUUUGCUCGACCGCCACAGGUAGUAUGCACAUUGUAAAUUGCACAAUUUUUUUUUUUUUAAAGCAACUAUGUCUCAACACAACAGCACCUGCAAAGUGUUAAAAAAAACGCUUAUUAGGAUUUACACUUUUUAGGAUUUUCUUAAUGUUUUGUAUUUUGUAGGCGCUGUGUACUACUUGGGGCGUUUUCUUUAUAUCGUUUCAUUAGUUUGUGCAUGAAAGUAAAAAAUGAAUAGUUUACUAGACAAAGAUACUUUCCAGUCCGAUUAGAUUGGAAAAUAGCGAUCUUCAAUAGUGCUAUAGCAAAAUCUGUUCAUUUUUUAUGAUUUUGUCUAGGGAAAUUUGAUCAAUGAAUCAAAAACUAUAACAUAUUAGUUUAAGUCAAUUUCACUGAAAAUAAAAAAAAAAUUAAGUAAAAAAAAUCAAGUUUUUGUGUAUGUGGGAUCCUUUGCAAGAUACUACACAAGAAUUAUAGAGAAUACACUAUUGUCUUUUAAUAAGUAAUUGUACAUAUUAAUUUAUUUUGAUUAAUAUAAAAAAAUAUAAAAUUAAUUACAUUUAUUUAAUAUCGUAGAACAAUUUAAAAAACUUGUCGAUAUAUUUUACUAUUUACAUGUAUUAUCACCAAUGGUGACAUGCAUAAAAUGAAUUUAUUUUGACAUACAAUGCAAGGAAAUAAUUACGUAUAGUUUUUCGCUUUUGAUAUCAUAAUAAUAUAACUGCAAUAAUCCAACAUAACUGCUAUAUGAAUAAUUUUAAUUCUCAUUAAAUGAAAAAAAAACAUUGUUAUACACCUCUUCCAUGCGCUGAAUCUAUAACCGAACAUGAAAUGAUAAAUAAAGUAUGAAUUAGAUAGCUUAUAUACGCAAGAUCUUAUGUCGAAAUUAACAAGAAGUUUGUGUUACAAAAAACAAAAAUAACUUUAUUUUCAGUUACAUACUGAUUCCACAGCAAUCAUCAGUCAAAAUAAAAUCUCUAUUACAACAUUUGCUUAUUGCAGUCUCGCCAAACGUAAUUUUAACAUUACACUGUUUGUCAAGUAAAAUUGAAUAAAAUAUAUGAGAUGUAUUUGUAUAUGAGAAUGGAACGUUAUUAAAGUUACAAUAAAUGAA